AUGGCUAUAACAAUAUUGAAGGAACAAAAUUUUUAUAAUAUAAAAAAUAAAAUAAUAAGAUUUAAGAAAAAUUACAUAUGUUAUCAAAGAAAUAUAAUUAGAGAUAAUGUAGUUAAAAAAGCAACACCCAAAUUUGAGCAAAAACCAUUAGGAAAGUAUCCAAUACCACCUGAAGCAGAAAUGACAUGGAAAAAUAGACAUACAGCAUAUGGUGGUUAUAUUCAACAAACCAUAUCUCCUUUUCAACAAAAAAUUAUGUAUCCAUUUUGGCAUAUGGCUAUGGCUAGAUGGUGGGCUAAAUUUUCUUCUUAUCUAUGGUGGUGGAUAUGGCCAUUUGCAUUAACAAAUUUAAUUUUAUAUAAGAUGUUUUAUGAUGCAAAAAAACAAGUGAAAAAUAAACAUUGGUAUUAA